AUGGGUGAAGAUCAAAAUCAGCAAAACCAUGAGGAAAAUGGGGUGAAAGAAGCCCCCCAUGUGGCUGUGGUGAUGGUGCCAUUUCCAGCGCAAGGCCAUCUCAACCAACUUCUGCAACUCUCUCGCAUCAUCUCUUCCUACAACAUACCAGUCCACUAUGUGGGCUCUGCCACCCACAUCAACCAAGCCAAGCUCAGACUCCAGGGUUGGGACCCUCUUCUGGAGCCUAAUUUUCAUUUUCAUGACUUCCCAACUCCUCACUUUCACUCUCCUCCUCCUGAUCCUGAUGCCUCUGUGCAAUUUCCUGCUCAUCUGCAGCCAUGUUUUGAGGCAUCUUCAGAGCUUCGUGAGCCUGUUGCUGCGCUCCUACGUGAGCUUUCUCUUACAGUUGACAGGCUCAUUGUGAUUAAUGACUCCCUCAUGGGUUCUGUGGUUCAGGAUUUUGUGGGUAUUGGUAAUGCUGAGUCCUACACUUUUCACAGUGUCUCCGUUUUCUCCAUUUUCUUCUUCUUCUGGGAAAGUCUGGGAAGACCUGCGCUGGAGGGGGUCAAAAUUCCAGAGGAUGUUCCAUCUCUGGACGGCUGCUUCACAUUGGAGUUCUUCAAAUUUUUGGUUUUCCAGCAUGAGUUUAAGAAGCUCAGCUCUGGGAACCUCUACUACACAUCCAAGUUGAUAGAGGGCCCCUAUGUGGAUAUGCUGGGUGAAGAGGAGAUUGAUGGUGUGAAAAAGAAGGGAUGGGCAUUAGGGCCACUCAACCCGGUGACCACAUACAGUGACAAAACAUCAAAUCCUGGGGACAAAUGCUUGGAAUGGCUUGACAAACAGGCUCCAAAGUCUGUCCUAUUGGUUUCGUUUGGAACCUCAACUUCACUGACAGAUGAACAGAUCAAGGAGCUGGCAAUUGGGUUGGAGCGCAGUGGGCACAAGUUCAUCUGGUUAUUGAGAGAUGCAGAUAAAGGAGAUAUUUUCAGCGGAGAAGCCAGGAGAAGUGAACUUCCAGAAGGGUAUGAAGAGAGAAUGAAGGAGACAGGAAUGGGGGUGGUGGUGAGAGAGUGGGCGCCCCAACUGGAGAUAAUGGGGCACAGCUCCACGGGUGGAUUGAUGUGCCAUUGUGGAUGGAACUCAUGCCUGGAGAGCAUCAGCAUGGGAGUGCCCAUAGCAGCAUGGCCCAUGCACUCGGAUCAGCCAAGAAACGCUGCUCUGGUGACACAAGUACUCCAAGUUGGUCUGGCUGUUAAGGAGUGGGCAGAGAGGGAGCAGCUGGUGGCAGCAUCUGCCAUUGAAAAGGCAGUGAGAAGGCUCAUGGCAUCAGAGGAAGGAAACGCUAUGAGGAAGAAAGCACAACAACUAGGGAACUCCCUACAGAGGUCAAUGGAAGAGGGUGGGGUUUCUCGCAAGGAGUUGGAUUGUUUCAUUGCUCACAUCACUAGACAGCUUGGCUUCUGAUGGCGGCAUUUUACAAUGUGAUCAACUCUCACCCUGUAUUAGGCAAGGAGGCCUAAGAAUUUCUCUAA